GACGUGCAUUUCAAAACUCCAAGCGCACGCGGUACUAAACAGCUUUAAGCCUCGCACGCGUGACUACCUUAAUUUACCUGACUCGAGAUUAUAUAGUGACUAUGUUUGCUUUGGUGCUAGCGUUACUAUUAACCAGCAGGGGAUGUGAUGCGUUUAGUAAACAAAAUUCGAUCAAGCAAUACGACGUACAAAAUAUUGAUCAAGCCAAACUAGAUGCUUUACUGAAGUUUGCAGUGAGAGAAAUUGAAAAGUUGAAACUGGAUCAUCACGAACUGGACGAAUGUCACGGUCUGGAAGUAGCUAGCCUUCUGAGGGGAAGGAAAAAGGAAAAAGAUGGAAUACGUUACUCGCUCACGUUAAAGGUUCAGUCUACAUCAGCUAAUACAGAACAGUGUAUGAAGAAAUCUUCAAGUUUUAUACUACAGCCCGAGAUCUGUGAAGUGGAAGUAUCUGAGUCGGUGAAAAAAGGAAAAAUAGAGAGAUCUCUGCUUCGAUCAGCUUGCUUACAGGUGGAGGAACUAAUGGAAUGAAAAAACCAGUGAAACAGCUUUGAUGAGACAACUGGAACCAAAUAUACCCAGUACCAGUAGUGUGUGUGCCUUCCGAGCGGCGGACGGUGAAAAUAAAGGCAUUUUGUACGUAGUUGUGACUGUAUAUUAUCAUAGCACGUAAUCUAUAAUUAAACCUAUAGUACUAUGACGUAGUUUUUAUUUCUUUUGCUUUGUUUUGUGUGAAUAAAUUAAAUAAUACUUCUUGUUCGAAGACAGUGUUGCCCAUAGAUGAAUUUAUACAGUAUUCAGUUCUGUUCACUAAGUUAAUGAACACACUAUUAAAUGUUUGUGUCACAUACAUAUAUAUAUAUAUCGUUGUUUUUAUUGUCAACAAAUGAGAACUGAUCAUUGCCAUUACUAGAAUAGUUAGCGGAAACUUGAUAUAACCAAAAUGUUAGAUUUAUUGCAAAAAAAAAGUUUUUCAAAGUCAUGAACGAACAGUUUUGUUCAAGAUUCGUACUUAAAAUUGUGGAUGAUGUACAUAUCUAUUUCUUCGGUCACAUCUUUCAUGUAUGUCAGUUAAAAGAAAUUAA